CUCACGAUUGUCGGAUUGUUCUCGUGAGAUAAACUUCUGAACUUUUCUGUUUUCUCUUUCUCAUUCAUGCUUGCGCUGUGCGUGGUGAAGCUUGAAUGCGUCGCGUUUUCGCACGAAAGAAUAUGAAAACAGGGAAUGUUUUUUCCGAUUACUUUUUCUCUAUGAACGCGUGAUAUUCUUUUCUUUUCGCGUUUGUCGCGAUUACUGGCUUGUUGCUCAAAAGUAACAUAAUAAUUAUGUAAUAACCUAAUUUUAGGCAAAUUUGAAUUUCUUAAUGUAUUUCUAAAUAAAUAUCAGAUUGUAAAAUAUACACAGCUUGUAAAUACAUGUAAAUGUUAUAUAUACAUAUCUGACAGCGCAAACGACAAUAUGAAGAUAAGCGUUGAUGGAUUGAUUGUAUAUUUCCCAUAUGAUUAUAUUUAUCCCGAGCAGUAUGCAUACAUGCUCGAACUCAAACGAGGCUUGGACGCCAAGGGGCAUUGUCUGUUGGAGAUGCCUUCAGGCACUGGCAAAACGAUUACUUUGCUGUCACUUAUUGUGGCAUACAUGCUGGAGCAUCCCUUGGAUGUAACAAAGUUAAUUUAUUGUUCUCGAACAGUACCAGAGAUAGAGAAAGUUAUAGAAGAAUUAAAAAAGCUUAUGGACUAUUAUGAGAUUGAAACCAAAAGCAAGCCAAAAAUUGUCGGUUUAGUUCUUAGCUCGCGUAAAAAUAUGUGUAUUCAUCCUGAGGUCAGUAGAGAGCGAGAAGGUAGAAUUGUGGAUGGCCGUUGUCACUCUCUCACUGCAUCAUAUGUACGAGAGAGACAUAAUUGUGAUGAAUCUACUCCAAUUUGUAAUUUUUAUGAAGGAUUUGAUAUGGAGGGCAGAGGACAAAUUAUCCCUUUGGGUAUUUAUUCUAUCGAUGAUUUGAAAGAAUAUGCGAAAGAACGUAAUUGGUGUCCAUAUUUCCUCGCAAGAUUUACUAUCUUGCAUGCACAGAUUGUAGUGUACAGUUAUCAUUAUUUAUUGGAUCCAAAGAUCGCUGAAACUGUAUCCAAAGAAUUAAGCAAAAGUUCGGUAGUUAUCUUCGACGAGGCGCAUAACAUUGAUAAUGUCUGCAUUGAUUCCAUGAGCGUAAAGAUAAAUAGGAAAAUGAUGGAGAAAAGUACAGCUAACAUACAACUUUUAGAAAAAACUGUGGCUGAAAUGAAAGAAGAUGAUAUAAACAAAUUGAAGGAAGAAUACGAAAGAUUGGUCGAGGGAUUGAAGGAUGCUCAAUUUCAAAGAGAAACUGAUGUAAUCUUAGCCAACCCUAUUUUGCCGAAUGAAAUACUUGAAGAAGUCGUUCCGGGUAAUAUAAGAAAUGCCGAGCAUUUUGUUAGUUUCCUAAAACGGUUCGUCGAAUACUUGAAGACUCGCUUGCGCGUUCAACACGUCGUACAAGAGUCGCCGGCGGCGUUUCUAAGGGAUAUCCAGGCGAAAGUCGCUAUCGAAAGGAAACCGUUGCGAUUUUGUGCACAAAGAUUAACGUCCCUCUUACGCACUAUGGAAAUAACAGAUCUAACUGAUUUUUCUCCGAUAAUCUUAGUAACGCAUUUUGCGACACUGAUCUCCACAUAUACGCAAGGCUUCACGAUAAUAGUGGAACCAUUCGAUGACAAAACGCCGACAGUAUUGAAUCCAAUUUUACAUUUUAGCUGUUUAGAUUCUUCUAUCGCUAUUAAACCCAUAUUUGAUAGAUUCCAAUCUGUGAUAAUUACUUCCGGAACAUUGUCUCCAUUGGAUAUGUAUCCCAAAAUUUUAAACUUUCAUCCAGUCAUAAUGUCCUCAUUUACAAUGACAUUGGCUAGACCAUGUCUUUUACCUAUGAUUGUUGCGAAAGGUAAUGAUCAAGUCGCUAUUUCGUCGAAAUACGAGACACGAGAGGAUGUGGCUGUUAUAAGAAAUUACGGUCAAUUAUUAGUCGAAUUUGCUGCGACGGUACCUGACGGUUUAGUCUGCUUUUUUACAUCAUAUUUAUACAUGGAAUCCGUAGUGGCCGCUUGGUACGAUCAAGGAGUUGUGGAUCAACUUCAGAGGCAUAAAUUAUUGUUCAUUGAAACUCAGGAUUCAGCGGAAACCAGUUUAGCUCUAAUCAAUUACAUAAAAGCAUGUGAGAAUGGCAGAGGAGCUGUGCUACUUUCUGUGGCUCGCGGAAAGGUAUCCGAAGGUGUUGACUUUGAUCAUCACUUGGGCAGAGCUGUGCUAAUGUUUGGCAUUCCUUAUGUAUACACACAGUCACGUAUCUUGAAGGCACGUUUGGAGUAUCUCAGAGAUCAGUUUCAGAUUCGAGAGAACGAUUUCUUAACAUUUGACGCCAUGAGACAUGCCGCACAAUGCGUUGGACGUGCGAUCAGAGGAAAAACGGACUACGGUAUCAUGGUGUUUGCGGAUAAGAGAUUUUCAAGAGUAGACAAGCGAAGCAAAUUACCAAAAUGGAUACAGGAACAUUUAAAUGACAGCUUAUGCAAUUUGUCAACCGAAGAAGCUAUACAAAUCAGUAAAAGAUGGUUACGACAAAUGGCACAGCCAUUUACGCGUGAAAACCAACUUGGAUUGUCAUUAUUAACAAGAGAACAACUUGAGAAAGAAGAGGCUGCCAAGAUUGAACAAAAGGCUCAGCAGAAUUGAUAGUACGAUAUUGGCACUAGGCCGAGCAAUUCGUUUUACUUAGGCAGAAUGUGAUCUAUGCCAUUUACAGAAAAUAUAUUUCAUAUACUGCUUGUUGUACAAAGGCUUAUUUAUAAUUUGUACUUUCGAUCGCAACUGUAUUUAUAAGAAAUGUAAAAUAAAAAAUAUACUUUUCUAAAUAA